AUGACUGAAACUGCAGUUUGCAUUGGAACAUUCACUGCUGUGAAGACACUUUGGGAAGUGAGAAUACACAAGAUAAAUGAAGAAUUACAGAAAGAAAAGGAAUUCAGACAGAGGCUACUACUUGUCUGGGAGGAAAGAGCCACUUUAGCAAAGCUCAAAGAAAAAGUCAUUAAUGAAGAUGGAAGAGCAAUUUUAAGGAUAGAGGAAGAAGAAUGGAAGAUACUACCUUCGUGCUUAUUGAAACUAGUCCAUCUCCAGGAAUGGCAGCUUCAUAGAACUGGUUUGCAGAAAAUUCCUCAGUUCAUUGGAAGAUUUCACAAUCUUGUUGUUCUGGAUCUGUCCCGGAACUCAAUUGAAAGCAUACCUAAAGAAAUCGGCCAGCUGACUAGCCUCCAAGAGCUGCUUCUCAGUUACAAUAGAAUAAAGUUUGUUCCUAAGGAAAUAAGUAACUGUGUCAGUCUGGAAAAAUUGGAACUGGCUGUCAACAGGAGUAUCUGUGAUCUUCCUCCUCAGCUCAGUGAUUUGAAGAAGCUUUCACACAUAGAUUUGUGCAUGAAUCAGUUUACUACCAUCCCUUCAGCUCUUCUCAAUAUGCCAAAUCUAGAAUGGUUAGAUAUGGGGGGAAAUAAACUCCAGGAGCUUCCUGAUGCAAUUGACAGAAUGGAAAAUCUCCACACUUUAUGGCUCCAAAGGAAUGAGAUAAACUCUUUGCCAGAAACUAUUAGCAAUAUGAAAAAUCUUAGUACUCUUGUUCUUAGCAACAACAAACUUAAGGAUAUUCCAACUUGUAUGAAGGACAUGACAAAUCUGAGAUUUGUCAACUUCAGAGAUAACCCACUGGAGUUAGAGGUAACACUCCCUCCAUGCAAGAAUACAGAAGAAGAGGAGCAACAGGAAAUGUUUGGCAUCGAAUUCAUGCACAUGUAUAUCCAGGAGUCACUCAAGAAAACAGGUAUGGCUUUUUUAUUAAUUCUAAUCUCUCUGGAAUAGAGUGAGGAAGGGAAGGAUAAACUGGAUAAAAGAAAGCUAGGAUACAUAUGCAAAUGAAACAUGAAUAAUCUUCUUAAUAAAUGAGUAACAUUUUCCAAAAAUCUGUAAACAGAUUUUUACCGAGGGCAGAGGUGCUUAUAUCAGGAGUUGGUCUUCACAUGAACAGCAUAUAUUCUACUAGAAACAUACUGGAACCAUGGAAUAUUGGAAUAAAGCCUGAGUUAUCCAGGCUGUAGGUAACUGGAAGCUGAUGACUGUCUCUUGUAUUUGCAAUUUAAUCAGAGUUUACAUAGUGUGGGUCUUCCAGCACUGUUUGUCUCAUGAAGCUCAACUUUCCCUGUUUUUGGAUGUUGUCCAGAUGGGGACUACCAAAGAAGGAUGUAAGGGAGAGA